UGCUUCGAACGUGGCGACGGCAGGCUGUCGCAUGCUUUGACGGCUGGCCCGGCGAUACGCGCUUGCUGAGAUUUGUGCGCCAGACAUUGUUGUCCGUAAAGCCAACUUAGCGUAUGCUAAAUUGUAACGUCCCAUUGGCAAUGUUGCGUGGCCGUUGCGGAUCCAGCAGGCGCAGCAUGUCGUCGACCGAUCUUCGUUACAACGGCGAGGCAGGACGGUUUCAUGAUGGGGCUAGCAGUGAAGGUAUUCCCGAGACCAAGGAUGUGCAACAGGGCUCAGAUCCGUACAUGCCGGUGGCUGUGUCCCCAUCCCAGCUGGACUUCUACAUAGAUGAGCAGGGUGGUGACACACAGGUGCUCACAUUGUUCAAUGUCAAUGAGCACCCGGUGCACUUUCAGUUGAUGUCAAAUGCACCAAAGCGGUACAGUGUCACAGGGCGAUCAGGGAUAAUCACACCACACUGCUAUGCUGACAUACAGUGCAACAAGUUCUUUGUGUCCCAACAGAGCUGUGCAUCACUGUGA